AUGGCACAGACUUCGACCAACCAGCAAUCGCCCUCUCCCGUGCCUAAGAGGCCAAGGGGUACGCAGCUAUCCCACCAAUCCCCGGUAAACAGAACCGGCAGUGGCUGACUUGUGACGCUCGCAGGGAUCCUGAAGAAUUCUGGCUCGUACCAACAGACCUCGCCCGACGGCGACGGCCGCAUCAGCCCGACCUCCGAAGCCCCAGAGCCUACCGCGAGCUUUGGCAAUCAUGACGGCCAGACGGAGGCUUCUGCGAGACCAGGCAUGCCCCCGCGGGAGCUUUCGGAGAAGGAGAUCACCCAGAUGAACACGGAGAUCAACGCAGGCAACGGACAUCGUCGGAAUAGCAGCAAUGCUCGCAGAAGCAUCAGCCGGCGUCAAUCGUCUCAGAUCGAGAACAGCGGAGCUGCGGCAAACGGCGUGCACGAGGAUGGCGGUAUGAGGUUGAAAUGGGACGAAGCCAACCUGUACCUGAACGAGGGCCAGAUGGGAGGCAAGAUGAAGAUCGACGAGCCCAAGACCCCAUACGCUCGAAACUACGACCCUGUCGAGGACGAGGAGGAGAUUGCUAACAUCAACGCUCAAGAGUUGGCUGUAGACGAGCUGGAGAUGAACAAGCCGAAACCUGCCCAACGUAAGUCGUCGGGUGCUCGCGCCAGGGACACCGAGAUUCCAGGCUUGGAUCUCGGUGAGCCUGAAAUGGACCCUCUAACACGCCGCGAGAGUGAUGGCGAGAAGAGAGUUCAGGUGGAGAAGGACCCGGCCGUCGAGGACCAAGGCAGGCAUGGAGAGAAGGAAGAAGACAUGAGCCCUCAGGAGUAUGAGAAGCACAAGAAGUUCGAGGAGAUGCGCAAGAAACAUUAUGAGAUGAAGGACAUCAAGAGUCUGCUUGGGUAAGUAUUCGCGUGUUAUGGCCCCCGAUGCGUACUAAUCAAGUCCCAGGCAUCCUGAACAGCUUGAAGUCGAGGACGACGAGUAA